UCCACUGCAAAAGCAAAAACAAAAAAAGCCUGUGAAGGACAACAAGUGCAACAGGAUGCGAGCCGUAAGCGCAGCAGCGCCCACAUUGCUGCUGGUGGUGUUUCUCCAGGCUCUCAACUGGCAGCUGGGCGUGGCCGUCUUUGGGCGCGACGAUUGCCGAGAUCUGACCAUCUCGUCUUGCGAGUGCGCACCAGCUCUGUCCGAGUAUGAGCUCAACUGUCCCGGCAAUAGCUACAAUCCCAAGUUCAAGAUAACCAUACGACCCGGCUCGACGGUGCAGAUCGAGUGCAAUCUGACGGAUGCCUCGGAAUACAAGCAGAUGCCGCAGCUGAAAAUUGGCAGCAUCGAUAUGGUGCAGAUCAGGCGCUGUCCGCUGCCCUAUCACACGCCGAUAGCGGGCAUUAUGGAUCAUCUGGGCAUCAAGGACACCAAGGUGCUCAUCUUUGAAGGCAACGAUCUGGGCAUGAAUGUCACUCGCAAGCACCUGGAGCGCCUACAGAAUCUGCAGCGGCUGCGCUUUGCCGCCCGCCGCUUGCCCUACGUCCCGGAGGAUUUGCUGCGCGACAUGCAUCACCUGAACUGGCUGGAUAUGCGUGCCGCCAAUCUGGGUGAGCUGCCUGCCCGGCUGUUGGCCAACAUGGAGAACUUGCAGUUUCUCGAGCUGGGCAGCAACAAUCUGAGACAGCUGCCACGCGGCCUCUUUCACAAUCUGCACAAGCUGCUGCACCUGAACCUGUGGAGCAAUCAGCUGCACAAUCUCAGCAAGCACGACUUCGAGGGCGCCACCUCCGUGAGGGAUGUCGAUCUGCAUAACAAUGGCAUUGUUCAGCUGCGGCCCGAUGUCUUUGCCUUGCUAACCAAUGUCACAGAGAUCAAUCUGAAUGGCAACAACUUCCGCUCGCUGCCCGAGGGUCUCUUCGAGCACAACCAGAAGCUACAGCAGGUGAAGCUGCAAAACAAUCGCGUACCCCUGCCCACGCUGCCCGCUCGCCUCUUUGCAAACCUGCCCGAACUGCGCACCCUGUACCUGCGCUGUGAACUAGAAACAGUCUCUGAGGAUCUCAUAGAGAACUCGACGGCACUCACAGACAUCUCGCUGAUGGAUAAUCUGCUAAGCACUCUGCCCGUUAAGCUGCUGGAGCAUCAGGUGAAUCUGGUGAAUUUGGAUUUGCACAAGAAUCGUUUGAGCCAUUUGCCCGACGGCAUCUUUAACUAUUUGUCCAAGUUGGAAAACUUAAAUCUGGCUGAAAAUCAACUCACCGAAAUUUCCAGCAAACUGUUCAGCAAACUGGUGAAUCUGAAAACACUCCGCAUGAACGAUAAUCAGCUUGUGAACAUUCGACCCCAGGCCUUUGCCAGCAAUGUUUUGUUGCGUCAACUAAAUAUGGCCAACAAUCGCAUCAAUCUGCACGAGUAUCUGACGGUGCACGGAGUGGAUGUGGAUCUAGGUUCACCUUUCGCCCCUCUGCGCAAUUUGACGACGCUCAACUUGCGCAACAACUCCCUCAUGGUCAUCUUUAGCGACUGGAAGUAUGCGAUGCGCGAGCUGCAGGAGAUAGACUUGAGCUACAACAAUUUCACCUGGCUGGACUACUCCGACCUGGACUUUGUUUCCGCAUUCGAUCUGACCAUCAAUAUGACCCACAAUCAAAUACGCACCGUGCACUUCUACAAGCAGACCGAGUUCCAGCCCAUUGACAAGGGUCUGCGACUGGUGCAUGGCGUGAAAUCGGUCAAAGUGGAUCUCAAUGAUAAUCCUCUGGUCUGCGAUUGCACCCUUCUGCGCUUCCUGCAGGUGGUGCGCGGCGAUAUUCAGCCGGAUUACGCCAAGAAUUUGGUCACAUAUACGGAUCGAUUGAACUGCCAGUCGCCGAGUUCCUUGGAGAAUCGUCCCAUGCGCUCCGUGCAUCCACGUGAGCUGCUCUGCAAUUUUGACCAGGCGGAAGACCCGAAUGAGAGACGCUGCCCACGCGGCUGUGAUUGCCUGGUGCGCACCUUUGACGCCACGCUAAUUGUCAACUGCUCCAAUGGGGACUUGACCAAGGUGCCCAAGCUGCCACGCCUGCCCCCGAAUCUGUUGGAAAUGGAACUGUAUCUAGAGAACAAUACGCUGCUCAAGUUGCCGAUCAGCAACGCGCCUGGCUACGAGAAUGUGACUAGCCUACAUCUGGCGGGCAACAAUCUCACCCAGCUGGAGGCGGUCCAACUGCCCAGAAACCUAAAGUACUUAGAUGUGCGUCGCAAUCAACUGCAGGUGCUCAACUCAACGCUGCUCGGCUACCUGAACAGCACCAUGAACAACAACAACCUGACGCUGCGUCUGUCCGAGAAUCCUUGGGUGUGCAACUGCGAGGCCAUGGAACUGUUGCUCUUCACCCAAAAUAAAUACAAGCGUAUACCGGAUCACACGGAGAUGUUCUGCAUGGAUGCGGAGAUGCCCACACGCCUCAUGGAACUGAAUAUCAAUGAUAUAUGCCCGCGACCCCUGUUCAUUGCGCUGAUUGUGGUCAUCUCGCUGACCGGCUUCCUAGUGGGCAUCAGCGCUGCCCUCUACUACAAAUACCAGCAGGAGAUCAAGAUCUGGCUGUAUGCGCACAAUCUGUGCAUGUGGUUCGUCACCGAGGCGGAGCUGGACAAGGACAAAAAGUUCGAUGCAUUCAUUUCGUAUUCGCACAAGGAUCAGAGCUUCGUGGAGAAGCACCUGGUGCCGCAACUGGAGCAUGGUCCCCAAAAGUUUACGCUCUGCGUGCACGUGCGCGACUGGCUGGUGGGCGGCUUCAUACCCGAGAAUAUUGUACGCUCCGUCGCGGACUCGCGGCGCACCAUCAUUGUCCUGAGCCCGAACUUCAUCAAGUCCGACUGGGCGCGCAUGGAGUUCCGUGCGGCGCACAGGGCGGCACUGAAUGAGGGACGCUCGCGCGUGAUUGUGAUUAUCUACUCGGACAUCGGGGACAUUGAGCAGCUGGACGAUGAGAUGAAGGCGUACCUAAGAAUGAACACAUAUCUGAAGUGGGGUGAUCCGUGGUUCUGGGACAAGCUGCGAUAUGCACUGCCGCAUCGUGCACCCAUUGGCAAUUCCGGUAACGGAGCGCUGAUCAAGUCGGCGCUGAAGGGCUCCACAGAUGACAAACUGGAACUGAUCAAACCAUCGCCUGUGACGCCGCCGCUGACCACGCCGCCUGGCGAGACCACCAAGAAUCCCCUGGUGGCACAGCUCAAUGGCGGCACCCCGCACACAGCCAUCAUGAUUGCCAAUGGCAAGAAUGGCCUUACCAAUCUGUAUACCCCGAAUGGCAAGGCACACCAUGGCAAUGGCCACAUCAAUGGCGCCUUCAUCAUCAACACAAACGCCAAGCAGAGCGACGUAUAGAACUGGCACAAAGUGGAGCCCGACGACGAGGAGCUCCUGUUUCACUGAGGCAUUCAAUCCUUACGCUAUGACCAAUUCCGAAUCCAGCUGAAUGUAUAAAAGAAAAACUAAAACAAAACAAAGUCUAGACAACAUUUUUGUGGCCA